AACACCUCUCACAAGCACAAGCCCCCCAGCACCCCCCACAAAAUAUGAGUCCUAGCGUUACUUCCGAGGCCAGCCAGCCUCUCGCUGUCAGGUCCACUGUGGCCCAGAGGAAGCAAGCCCACGAGCUUAGAAAGACUCUCAAGCCGCUGUUGGAGAAGAGAAGGCGUGCUCGUAUUAACGACAGCCUGAGCCAUUUGAAGAGUCUCAUUCUGCCCCUGGUUGGCAAAGAUAACGCGCGCUACUCCAAGCUGGAGAAAGCCGACAUUCUGGAAAUGACUGUCCGCUUCCUCAGGGACCUUCCAUCCUCUCCCACAAAAGAUCCCACAGAAAGUUACAGAGAAGGCUACAAAGCGUGCCUCCAGCGGGUCUCGGCUCUGCUUCCUCAAACCAGCCUCGACCAGGGCGCGUGUAAGCGGGUCAGUGAUUUUGUGCAGCGCUCCAUGUCCGCCGCAGUCACCCCGUCUUGCCUCAACUGUUGCGCGCAAACCUCCAGAGCCUUUCCGCACAUCCAGCAGAGGCUCCUUAGCCUCAAGUCCGCCUUCAGCUCCAGGGGCGACAGCCAGCCUCAGUCUCAGCCGGUGGCCCCGGGCCCCUGUGCAGCGCAACAGGUCCCGCCUACUGUCAGCGCUGACAUGUGGAGGCCCUGGUAGACGGACACUUAUUUGAUGUCUUAUUUAUUUAUUUAUUUAAAGUGAUGAUCCACUUUACACACGCAUUGAAUAGGAGGGAUUUUGGGAGUUGCUGUAUAAUUAAUGUAAUUCAGCAAUUGCUUCAUUUUGCCUAGAAAUUGAGCACAGAUCCCAAAGAAGCAGUAUAGUCUAUUGCGUUUUAUUAUUGCAAUCCUCUUUGGGGUUUCAAAGGCACGGGUUGUUGACAACACUUUUGUAAAACCCCAAGGGUUACUCAGUUUGAGGUUUGCACGAUGGACUUAAAAGUAUUUUGGUCUGUGCAAAAGAAUAGUCUGUAAACACUGUGUGUUAAAUAAAUAUGACGAA